AUGACCAAACCGCACUCCCGGCCCCGCUUCUCGGACGAAGAAGUCGGCAGGGCACGAGCCACUAAUCCUCCGAGCCCAGCAUCGCUGCCGCCUCCGUACUCCGACCCGGAGACGGAACCUUCCGCUCCUCGCGAAGACCAGCCCCUCCUCCGCGAUCCGGCCACCUCAAUCGAGGCCGGCGACACGUGGAAACCCCCUCGCGGCUUCGGUUGGAUCGAGCUGGCCAUCAUGUCCAAUGUCUUCUUGUACGGCUUCGACGGAACCAUCACGGCGGCGACAUACGCAGUCAUCAGCUCCGAGUUCGACGCCGCCAACACGGCGAGCUGGCUGACGACAUCGUACCUUGUUACCAGCACCGCAUUCCAGCCGCUCUAUGGCCGCUUUUCGGACAUUUUUGGACGGCGGAUAUGUUUCUUCGUCAGCAGCAUCACCUUUGGGUUGGGGUGUCUAGGCUGUGGGCUGGCGGAUAAUGUAGUGUUGUUGAAUUGCAUGCGCGCGUUGACGGGAUUCGGAGGAGGCGGGCUAAUGACAAUGGCUACCAUCGUCAACUCAGACAUGAUUCCCUUCCGCAAGAGGGGCAUGUAUCAAGCCCUUCAAAAUGGCAUGUUUGGCUUCGGCGCCGUCGCCGGUGCCUCCUUCGGCGGGUCCAUUGCCGACCACAUCGGUUGGCGUUGGUGUUUUCUGCUGCAAGUCCCGAUCUCUAUCUCGGCGCUUGUGCUUGGCGCUCUGGUAAUCAAGAACCCAGAAGGUGGUUUCGACAUCAACACGAACGACUACAAGGCUAUUUGGUCACGUAUUGACGUCUCUGGAGCGCUGAUCCUAGUCAUUGCAAUCUCUGUCCAGCUUGUCGGGCUAAGUUUGGGAGGCAAUGAGCUGCCGUGGAGCAGCCCCGUGGUCAUUGGCACCCUGGUUGGCAGCGUCGGUCUGCUUGCGUUGUUUGUGUUCGUCGAGGCACGGACUAAGGCUAUUCCUGUUAUCCCUUUGAGGAUGCUCAAAGGACGUUUGCCAGUUCUCACGCAGAUUUCCAAUGUUUGCGCUGGACUUUCCGCAUAUGCGUACCUAUUCAUGCUACCCCUAUUCUUUCAAGUCGUCUUACUUGACUCUGCCACUACGGCUGGUGCAAGACUUGCAAUUCCAUCGCUCGCGACACCCCUGGGUGGUCUUGUUGCGGGUAUCGUCAUGUCGCGCUGGGGAAAACUUGUCUGGCUCGUCCGCACCGGUGCUUUCCUGAUGCUAUUCGGAAAUGCCCUUGUGACGGCCCUGCAGUUUCAGGACUCGAAGUGGAAGUAUUUGGUCUAUAUUUUCCCGGCGAAUCUUGGGCAGGGCAUAAUAUACCCGGCGAUUCUCUUUACGACGUUGGCUUCAUUCGACCAUGCCGUUUCGGCGUCAACAGUGUAUCUUGUUCGCUCUCUUGGCACUGUCUGGGGUGUGGCAAUUACAUCGGCGAUAGUACAGACAACACUCAGCCUCCGACUGCCCGAAGCCCUUGGCGACAUCCCUGAUAAGUGGAGAGCAUUCUGUGACGGCUCUUAA